CUGAAACUGUGUACAACCAACCACAGAGAAUACCUGAAUUUUGAAGAUGGCGACGAAUUCUGUUUCUUCGAUACCGAACAUAACUUCCAUAAAUCUUAGACGACGAAACCGAUCUACUGGUGUAACUCUUUCAUGUUCACACGAAGAAGCUUCUUCUUUGGGAGUUCACCUUACUGAAGGAGAGGGGAAAUUGCCAAAGGUUGUGCUGAAAUCUGCUCAUGGCUGUGAGGCUGAGAUUUAUCUAUUUGGUGGCUGUGUCACAUCAUGGAAAGUUGCAGGUGGCAAGGAUCUUCUUUUUGUUCGACCUGAUUAUGCAUUCAGUGAUAAAAAACCUAUCAGUGGAGGCAUCCCGCAUUGUUUCCCACAGUUUGGACCUGGCCCAAUGCAGCAGCAUGGGUUUGCAAGGAACAUGAAUUGGUCUAUUGUUGAUUUUGACAACGUGGAGGGAAAUCCUGUCAUAACUCUGGAGCUUAGGGAUGGUCCUUACAGCCGUUCUAUGUGGGAUUUCAGCUUCCAAGCUUUGUACACAGUCAAAUUGAAUUCAAAGAGCCUUUCAACAGCGCUGAUAAUAAAAAACACAGACACUAAGCCCUUUUCAUUUACUACUGCAUUGCACACUUACUUCCGUGGUUCUGUAACAGGGGCAUCAGUGAAAGGUCUGAAGGGUUGCAAAACACUGAACAAGGAUCCAGACCCUAAUAAUCCUGUGGAGGGCAUGGAGGACAGGUCUGUAUUCUCUUCUGCUUAGACUACAUUGGAUC